UGAAACAGCAUUCUGAUGCAAAGAUCUUUAAAUCAAAGCAAAUUUCUCUAGCUCACGGAAGUGGUCCUUAAUCUGCAUUCAGAGAGAUUUGGGGAUUUGCGAAGUCAAUCAAGUCUGAAAAUGACAACAGCAGGUGGUGAUGAUGCCCCUGGGAUACAGGAUCCAAGAAUAACGCUCGCAAAUAAGUGUUUCUUAUAUAAAUUACCUGGGAGAACUCAGAAAGAGAAGGCAAAGACGCAGCAAGAGAUUUUAGAGACCAUCUUCAAGGACGAUGCAGCGCCAUUGUACGAAACCGUUUGCAAAGACCUUGGCUGGGAGGUAGACAGCGGGAGGCUAGCAGCCAUGAAGUCUGCCAAUGAAGCUGAGCUCGUCAGGCUGGAGGCCAGCAUAAAGGACGCAGAGGAGAACCUGGGCGACAUUGAAGUCAGGGAUGCCUACCUCGCCAAGGCCGACUACCUCUACAAGAUCGGUGACAGGGAAGCUGCCAAGGCAGCCUACCAGCAGACGGAGAGCAAGACUGCCGGCGUCGGCCAGAAAAUGGAUCUGGCCUUCAGCAUGCUCAGGCUGGAUAUAGCGGCGGGGGAUUGGCACGCGGUGAAGGCGGGCCUGAAAGCGGCGGGGGAGCUGUGCGAAAACGGGGGCGAUUGGGAGCGCAAGAACCGGCUCAAGGUGUACGACGCCACCUUCCGCAUGGCCACGCGCGACCUCGCAGGCGCCGCCGGCCUCCUCCUUGACUCCAUCGCCACCUUCACCUCGACGGAGCUGUUCAGCUACGAGACGUGCAUCUUCUACACAGUGCUGACGACCAUCCCGACUCUGGACCGCGUGUCGCUGAAGGCCAAGGUGGUGGACGCGCCGGAGAUCCUGACAGUCAUCGACACCAUCCCCAACCUCUCCACCUUCCUCAACGCCCUCUACGAGUGCCGCUACGCCGACUUCUUCAAGGCAUUUGCAGGCAUCGCGGACCAGACGCGCGAGGACGUGUAUUUGCAUCCCCAUGUGCGCUACUACGUGCGGGAGGUCAGAGUGGUGGCUUACUCACAGUUCCUUGACUCUUACAAGAGCGUGACGUUGGAGUCCAUGGCGACCGCAUUCGGCGUCUCUGUGGACUUCAUUGACUAUGAGCUGGUGGACUUCAUAGUGGCUGGACGCCUCCCUGCCAAAAUUGACAAGGUGGCGGGUGUGAUUGAGACAAAGCGGCCAGACGCGAAGAAUGCGCAGUACCAGGCGGCCAUCAAGCAGGGCGACCUGCUCUUGAAUCGCCUGCAGAAGCUGAGCAAGGUCAUCGAUGACAGCUUCUGAUCGCCAUACUACUUACAUGUCUGACUGCUACAAACAAUAGUCCAAUAUGUGCUGUGCCGAGCUGUGUGUUCUUUUCAAUAGGCGCAGUCCAGUCAACUUUACUUGUAACUGACAGCUGCAAACACC